AUGAAAAAUAAAGGAUGUGUUCCGAAUGUGGUUAGUUUUAAUACUUUAAUUAAAGGGUUCUUUCGGGAGGGGAAGGUUGAGGAGGCGGUUGGGAUGGUGCACGAGAUGACUGAGCUGGGGUGUGAGUUCUCGGGCGUGACCUGUGAGAUUUUGGCAUUUAAACUAAUGGAAAAGAUGCUUAAAGAUUGCAUUGUUCCAGAUAGCGUGACUUUUAAUUGGCAAAUUCUUACAAAACCUUUGCUUGAACUUGAAAAAGAUAUAGAUUCUUCAAAUCCUACGCAGUCUAUGGAGGAUAAGUCUUCAUGA